AUGAAUAUUAAAAAGUAAAAUUAAACACAGGAAGUGCAAUAAGACACGAUUUGUAAAAUUCACAAUUUAGAAUUGAUUGCAGUGGAUUUAGACUUAUCUGAUAAGUCAUAGAUGCAAUUCUUUUGUGGUAAAUGUUUAGUUGACAAAUUAAAUAAUAAUAGGGUGACAACAAUAGAGUAAUCAAAAGAAAGAAUCAUAUAAUUUAAAGCUUAAUAAAAGGAUAUCAAAAAUAAAGAGAAUCAAGCAAGACUCAAUUAUUAUAAAAAUAUAUUAGAUCAAAUUAUGGAUUUUAAACAAUCUAUUAAUAAUUCUUUGGAUAAGAUGUAUUAACAAAUUUAAUAAUAUAUAUUUCCCAUUUAAAAAGAAAAAUAAGAAUUAUUAGAUUAUGAUUAACAAUUCAAUUACUUUGAAGAUUUAAAACAAUUAUCACAAUUAUAUUCUUAAGGAUAAUAGAAAUCAACUAAAUUAGAAGAUGACAAUAAUUUUAUAGAUGAAAUCUAAAGACAAUUUGAAUUAUUAUUCAAUUGUACUGAAUAUUUUUCAACUAUAGAUACAUUUAAGAAUACGAAAGAAACAAUAAAGGAUAUUAUAGAAAAUAAUCUUAUUGAAUUGAUUCCUAUUUAAACAUCUAAAAAUGAAUAUGUAUAUAAAAUAUAUAAAAAAUGAAUAGAAAACACCAAGUUUAAGUAGAGUUUGUAACAUUCAUAAAAAGGAAAUUAUAAUGAUUGAUAUGGAUUCAUAGAAAUAGGAAAUGGAAGAUCGAUUUGUAUGUGUUGAUUGUAUUUCUGCGAAUCCAUAAAUAAAAUAUUAUACAAUUGAAGAUGUUAAUAAAUAAUGGAAGGAAUACAAUGAAGAAUCUGACAAAAUAUUAAAAGAGUAUAAAAAGGAGAGCAAAAACAAAAAAUCUGAUUUGAUUAAUUAAGUAAUUCAAAUGAGAACGAAUUAUAAUAAGAAAUUAAAUGAAAUUAGUGAUAAAUUGAUUUCUGAAUAAUUCUUAUGUAUUGAUAAACCUAAAUAAUCAAAUUCAAUAAAGAAACUCUCCAUAUAAACAUUAGAUGAUGAAUAAUUAAUUAAAGAUUUAAAAUAAUUAAUAGAAAAAGAAAAAGAGAAAGAGAAAGUACCAUUUAAUGAAACAAUAAUCAAUGAAAAAAAUAAAGAUUCAAUCUUCUAUAAAGAGAUUUAAUUUCAUUUAGAAUCUUUAAAAUAAUAUGAUUAAUAAGAUAUUUCAUAAUCAUUAGACAUUCUCAAAGGUAUCUCAGGUAUUAAUUUGAAUUAAUUUUUAUAGUUGAAAGAAAAUUAAUUCUUUAGUUAACUGAAACAAUUUAAUAAAUUUAAAAGAGUGGAUAAAAUGAUGAAAAUCAGAAAAAUUAAGUUAAUUUUAUAAAGGAGAUUCAAGAAUUCAUUCAUUAAGCAAUGAAUUAUCAAUUACUUUCAAAUGUAUUCAAUUAGACUAUUUCAAAUUAUUAAUAAAAUGUUCAAACAUUAUAAUAGAUUUCAUAACAUAUUGAAUUAAUAUCAAAAGAUACUAAUAAAUCAAAUUUAUCAGAAUAGAUUAAGGCUUAAUAUUUAAAUUUAAGUAAUAUUUUGAAUGAAUACUCAAAUAUAUUUGAAAAUAAAAAUUCACAAUUGAAAAAGUAUUGCAAUAUUCAAUUAAUGGAAUAAGAAUUAAUCAAAUUAUCAGAAACCAAUAAAUAAAUACAAAUUGAAAGUAAUUUUAUUAUUAUGAUAAAUAGAAAACAAUCAAAUCGAUUCAUUGUAAUAGUCAUAUGAAUAGAAAAUCAUUCAAAUAAAUGAAACAUUAGAAUCUAAGGAGAAAGAAUAUUAAACUAUUAAACAAUAAUUUGAUCUAGUUAAUUCAGAAAAUAUCAAUUUGAAAUAAUAAUAUGAAUAAGAUAAGAAGCAAAUGAUUAAAUAAUCAGAAGAUGAAUGUAUUAAAUUCUAAUAUUAUCUAUAGAAAAUAAGAUCAAAUCAGAUUAUAAUAAAAGAAUCAAUUAAAAGGAUUCAGAACUAAAAGAUGCAUUAUAGAAACUUGAUUAAAUUCAUAAAGAUAAGUUAGAAUAAGAGAAAAUUAACAAAAUGGAAUUAGAUAAAGUAAAUUUCCUUUCAUUCUAUUCUUUUUAGAUUCAACAGUAUAAUAAAACAUUAACAUUUUCAAAUACUUAUAAACAUAGUGAAUGUUAAGUAAGUGAAGCAGCCAAACUUGUUUCUGGUGUUGGAAAUUCAGGUUGGUAUUUUUGUGUUUGUGAAUAAACAAUUCCAAAAACUGGGAAAAUACAAUUUACAUUCUAAAUACUUACUGGAUCAUAAUGGUUUGUAGGAAUAGGAUUUAGAGAUAUAAUGCAAAAAAAUAAUUUUGACAAUUGUUAUCAGGCUGGGUAUGGGUAUAAUAAUAAUAAAUCAUAAUAGAACAUAUUUAAUAAAAGAAGAUGGUCGAAGUUGGUCCCAUCAUAACAAAGAUGUACAUAAUAUGCAAUUAUCAUUUAAAUUUACAAAUAAUGAUAUAAUAAGAAUGGAAGUAAGUAUUGAACAUAAAAAUAUUAAAUGGAGUAGAUAGAGUAAUCCACAAGCGACAGCAACAUUUGUUGUAACUAUGAAAUUGAUUAUUAGUAGUUGGAAAUAGAUACAUCAUAAGAAUUAUAUCCAUGUGUUGGUCUUCAUUAAAAAUCUUAAAUAAAAAUAUUAGAUAGCGCUAUCGUUUGA